AGUCGCCGCCGGGUCCCUAUGCCGCGGGCGAGCCCAGACGCAGCUGCAGCCGAGAGAGGCGCCGCCCGCCCCGUCCAGCCGCUCCGCGCAGCCACAGUCAUUUAUUGAGUGUCUACUAUAUGCUGGGCCUGUCCUGGGUGCUGGGAUACAGGAGUCAACACCUGGUCUCCGCCCUCCUGGAAUGUCCACCUCAGACCCGCAGAGAGAUCUGAACAAGAUACUAGACCUUUGUGGCUGCCUUGUGGGAAACGAGUUGAAGGAAGCCACAAUGGCAGCCUGGAAAGCAGUGAGGAGCUACUGCAAAGGUCCGAGCAGGCAGUGACGGUAGUGCACGGCGGACAGCGGCAGGGGUUUCCGAGAGACAUACAUGGAUUCAGGAUUUAUGGUGGAGGCGCUGUUAAGUCAGCUUUGCUGUGUGAGGUGGGCCACCUCCCCCCAGCUUGCUGCUCGGCUCGUACGAAGAUCAACCCAGGAGUCCCCCCCCUGCCCCCCUCAAGUUCCUCACUCCAUCUGUAACCCUCCUUUGCAUAGCCCUUACUCACCUCCUUCCUGUUUCUUAAAAACCCUUCCCACAUUCCCCGGACCGAGGUCUCCUGCUUUUCCACGCUCUUCUCUUUGCUGGCUACCUUGCUUAUUUCCUUAUUUCACACCGGGGUCCCGGGAAGCGUCGGCACCCUGAAUGAACUUGCCUGGCGUUCUCAACACUCCCUGACUGCGGUCUGUCCUGUCUCAAACUAUCUUGCAUAUUUCGCCAUUUCCACACAGCCACACUUACUUUCUCCGAUCUCUCCAAAUAUCUCCCUUUUUAUACAUUUUUUUAAUGUUUAUUUAUUUUUGAGAGAGAGAGAGAGAGAGAGAGAGAGAGAGGAGGGGGGGCAGAGAGAGAGAGAGAGACACGUACACAGAAUCCAAAGCAGGCUCCAGGCUCCGAGCUGUCAGCACGGAGCCCCACGCAGGGCUUGAACUCACAAACUGAGAUCAUGACCUGAGCCCAAGUCGGACGCUUAACUGACUGACCCCCCCAGGCACCCCAUACAAAUAUCUUCCUCUUACCACCACCCGUACCCCACUAUUCCCUCAUUUACACUCUGACUGGGUCUGUAGACACCCCCUUGACAAGACAAAGCUUUUAUAAUCCCGCCCCCCCUCCCCCAAGCCUCCUCCCUGUCCUAAUUCUGUCCUUCCUCCAACUUUUCCCUCUCCAGCUCUACCCUUCCCCGCCCAGGCUGGCCCACAAUUCACGGUCACCCUCGUCUCUUCCCCGUGGACUACCUCCUGCCAUGUUCCCCUGAGCCCCCAAGGAGGGGGCUCAGGGGGCCCGAUGGCCUCCCGCCCCCCGUGGCCCCACAGCCCCCGUGGGCCAGGGGAAGUGCCUCGAAAGCCCCAGUGCCGAGGAUGGGCAACCGCACGUGGGAGGGCUGCCACGUGGACUCGCGCGUGGACCACCUCUUCCCGCCGUCCCUCUACAUCUUCGUCAUCGGGGUGGGCCUGCCCACCAACUGCCUGGCCCUGUGGGCGGCCUACCGCCAGGUGCGGCAGCGCAACGAGCUGGGCGUGUACCUGAUGAACCUGAGCAUCGCCGACCUGCUGUACAUCUGCACGCUGCCGCUGUGGGUCGACUACUUCCUGCACCACGACAACUGGAUCCACGGCCCCGGCUCCUGCAAGCUCUUCGGGUUCAUCUUCUACACCAACAUCUACAUCAGCAUCGCCUUCCUGUGCUGCAUCUCCGUGGACCGGUACCUGGCUGUGGCCCACCCGCUGCGGUUUGCCCGCCUGCGCCGCGUCAAGACGGCCGUGGCCGUGAGCUCUGUGGUCUGGGCCACGGAGCUGGGGGCCAACUCGGCACCCCUGUUCCACGACGAGCUCUUCCGUGACCGCUACAACCACACCUUCUGCUUUGAGAAGUUCCCCAUGGAGGGCUGGGUGGCCUGGAUGAACCUCUACCGGGUCUUUGUGGGCUUCCUCUUCCCGUGGGCGCUCAUGCUGCUGUCCUACCGCGGCAUCCUGCGGGCCGUGCGGGGCAGCGUGUCCACCGAGCGUCAGGAGAAGGCCAAGAUCAAGCGGCUGGCCCUCAGCCUCAUCGCCAUCGUGCUGGUCUGCUUCGCGCCAUACCACGUGCUCCUGCUCUCACGCAGCGCCGUCUACCUGGGCCGCCCGUGGGACUGUGGCUUCGAGGAGCGCGUCUUCUCAGCGUACCACAGCUCACUGGCCUUCACCAGCCUCAACUGCGUGGCCGACCCCAUCCUCUACUGCCUCGUCAACGAGGGGGCCCGCAGCGACGUGGCCAAGGCCCUGCACAAUCUGCUCCGCUUCCUGGCCAGUGACAAGCCGCAGGAGAUGGCCAACGCGUCGCUCACCCUGGAGACCCCGCUCACUUCCAAGAGGAACAGCAUGGCCAAGGCCAUGGCAGCUGGCUGGGCGGCAGCUCCACCCUCCCAGGCGGACCAGGUCCAGCUAAAGAUGCUGCCGCCAGCACAGUGAACCUCCGACUUGCGCACAACUCCCUCUCCCCGCUCCUCAAAUCGUAGCCCACGUUCCCUUCCCUCCUGGUCUGAUGUAUGCAAACCGUAUGCAAAUAAGGCUGCGUUAACAUUCGGGAGAGUGUAAGAAAAUAGGAAAACGGUGAGGUUGGUGGGUCACUGGUCCAUCAUCAUCCACCGUGACCUCCUUCAGUUUAUCUGUGCCUAGCACUGCGCUGGGUGGUACUCGUGACAUAGCGGUGACCAAGGACACCGCUGGCCCUCCUUCACUCGCCCACACUCCCAUGGGGGAGGCAGACCUGCCCCCAGACAGUGAUGAUCCUGACUGGGUGGGGGCUCAGACAGGGAGCCCAAAGGACAUCGGACCCAGUCUGUGAGUCAGGGAGGGCUUCCUGGAGGAGGGGACAAGGUAAAUGAAGUCAAAUGUUUGGUCUCCAGAAGGUAAAGACCAAAAGAGAAAAAAGGAUAUUUCCAACAAGGAGGUAGAAUUUUUGUGACUGAAGGAGACGGAAGAAGAAAUUCACUGAGUGCAGAGUGAACAUCUUUGCCCUUGGGAAGCCCCUGAUCAUAUAAGGGAGUGAGGGCACAAAGAACACGUGUGAGUUUCUAGAUAAACCGUGUUCUCCAAGUCAGGACUGAGGGCUAGGGAGACUUUCAGAACCUAAGGGAAGGGCAAUUGGGGCAGACUGGCUGGAGGAGUGGCGAGCAGGGCAAGCUUGGGAAGGGGCUCAGGACAAGAGAAGGGUAUUUAUUCAUUUGUUCAACAGAGAUUUAUUUAUAUCUACUCUCUGCCCAGCCCUGUGCUGGCUGGGGCUGGGAACACAAGGGUGACCAAAUCAGCCCAGGCCCCACCCUCACGGGGCUCACGGUAAACAAGUAAAUAAAAAUAAAUACAAUCUU